GAAAAUUGAAUGUUUUAAUGAAAAUUCUAUAACUCGAAGUUUUUUUGUGGAUUAUGGUGAUUCGAGUUGGAGAAGUCCCACUGUAAUUUAUUCUUCCCAACUAAAUUACAGUUAUUUGCCGAUCAUGCGUUAUCUACCGGCAAGCUACCAUAAACCUCUAUUACCGAAUGGACGUCAUCCGCCGAUCGACUGGCAAAUCUAUGGCUUUAUUUGUUCGAAUUGUUGGCCACUCGCGGCACAUAUUACGAAAGCCCGUUACAUCGUUGAUAUAAUGGUGACCAUUGCGCAGUUUAUGUCCGAGAGUAUGGUACUAAUUGGCGAGGGAAUCGUGAUGCAUGACAAUUUAGAUAACAUCAGCUUUGUCUGUACCGUUUUGGCACCGAAUUUGAUACUGAUUGAAAUGAUGUUGCGCGCAUAUAAUAUUAUCUAUAGACGGAGUAGUUUUCGUAAACAUAUCGAAGAAUUCUAUAAGAAGAUCUAUGUACAGCGCACCUGGAACCCAGAUCUUUUCGAGCAGAUCCGCCGUCAGCAAUUGCCCACAAAAUAUUCGACAUGCACCUACAUUAUCACACUCGUGACAUAUGUCUAUGUGCCGAUAAGUGGCUUAAUCAAAAAUGAGCGGUUGGUACCAUUUCCAAUCCGAUUUAGUUUUGAUUAUACUGUACCUUGGCCGCGUUAUCUAGUAUUUCUCGCUAUGUCGAUUUGGACGGGUUUUGCCGUUGUGGGUCCCUUGGUGGCCGAACCCAAUUUACUGGCCAUGCAAAUCUUACAUUUGAAUGGUCGUUAUUCAUUGUUACUGCAGGAUUUGCGCAAAAUUUCGAAGGAAUCCAUUGUCGAACAUGAACGUCUCAAGGGUAAGGAUACAUUGUUGGUUACACAACGCUUUCGUUACAGGCUUUUCGAAAUUAUUCGGCGAAAUGUGGAGUUGAACGAGUUUGCCAAGUCAUUGCAGGAACAAUACUCGUUUCGGGUGUUCGUUAUGAUGGCCAUGAGUGCGACUUUGCUGUGCGUUUUGGGAUUUUUAACGGCAACGCUUGGGCUAACGGCACAGAAUAUUAGAUUCGUAAGUUGGAUAAUUGGAAAGGUGGUUGAAUUGCUGAUUUUCGGACGUCUUGGAACAACUCUUUCCACAACGACAGACGAAUUGAGCACAUCGUAUUAUUGCUGUGAUUGGGAAGAUGUUAUACUACACUCUACUGAUGCAGAGGAGAAUAAGAAAUUAAUGAAGCUUAUAGCCUUGGCAGUACAUUUAAAUAGUAAUCCUUUUCGUUUAACCGGUCUUAAUUUCUCCGUUGUUAAUUAUGAGACGGUGGUAUCGAUUCUAAGAGGAGCUGGCUCUUACUUUACGGUUAUUUACGCAUAUAGAUAAAUAGUUAAAAAGUGGCAAGAGAAAAAAGUAAUAGG